CAUGUAGCGCAAGCUGUAUUUUUAUAUCCGCUUAAAGAGCUCGCAGAAGGCAACAUUCACUAAACCGGGCAACGUAAGUGCUCUCACAUAUGUGACUGUUAUUAAUAUGCAAAAAUAAGAAAGUGCCAGACGGAGUUGUUCAUAUUUGGCAAGCGAUUUUGGACAUCGACCGAGGAUUAAUGUGCUAAUAAGCAGAGCGCAACAAACUAACCGAAGGAACUCUCCAAAAUAAAACAUUACCUCGCUGCUGCAAGAGCAUGGAACUAGCCAGGUUGCAGGCCCGUUGUAAUCCAACCAGGAUCGCCGUCAUCCACCAUCGGUGCACCCUUCGCUGAACGAGCAGAGAAGAAGAACCAUGCUUUCUGGCACUUGGCGGCGCUCAGUGGGGCACCAGCAGCAGCCUGCUGGGAUGCCCGCGGUCAACACCAGGGGGGUGACGCUGUGCGGCGUACCCAGCGGCACAGUAGUUCUCGAGGCCCAAUAUGAUUACAACUAUCGUGGUGCUGACGGAAGGCAAGUUUGCAUUCGGGAAGGUGAACGCUUCAUUCUCCUUAAGAAGUCCAACGCUGACUGGUGGCAGGUGCGGAGGAUAGGGGCCGCAAGUAAAACGAAACCGCUGUACGUGCCUGCCACAUACGUGACCGAGGUUCCUGUCGCACCCAUGCCCUCGCCCCAGCGCCUCAUCAUCUCGGCUGCGCUCAACUCUAACGUCCGCAUCUUGCCCCGAGUGGCGCUCACGCCGAGCCCCACAGAGGUUACCCAUCACGAUCAUCACCAAGCGAGUAAACCCAUCUACCGCUCCAUGGAGAACCUCAGCUCCAACAGUGCCUUCAGAGGUCUUGACACCGAUGGCAACUUGGGUGGCGUCCGUUUCUCCACCUUCGCGUUCAACUCUUCUGCCUCCCCGCCAGGCCACCUUGUGGUCCCCGGGGAUGCACCCGCCUCACAAAUGGCGGCAUGCAACGGUAGGGUGGUCCCCAUGAUCACUCGCAGCCAGAGCCAGUGCAACCUGACGGACAAUGUGGUGGAGAACCCUUAUGACGAGGUGGGCGGGAGCUUCAGCAGACCGGUCAACUACACCCUCCCGAAGAAGUCCUGUAGCCAGUGGGACAUGCUGGGAUCUUCCGGCAAGAACAACCACUUGCAGGUUCCGACAGAGUCCUAUUUGUCCCAGCUGUCCUGGCAGGACUCACCGCUCUACCUUCAACCGCAAGUAGACAGGCGUCCUUCGCGGAUGGAGCCCCCCAGUCCGAGCCCCGGCCAGCAGCCUCUGCAGGUCAUGGACCUGUGGGAGCAGUAUGUGGACCCAUCUUCUCUGAGAAGCUACUAUGUCAACAGCAUCACCAAGGAGAGAUCCUGGAAGCCUCCUCGGAGAGCCCGUGGAGGCACCGGCAACAACAAGCAGGUCCCUCCAGCAAAAAACAAAAUAUUACCAAGCGAAACAAGCCAGCUGACACUGCCACUUCCUGCAACCGCCAAUGGUACAUUGCACAGGCUCUCACCUGAUUUCCUGUUUGGAAGCCACCAGAGGAACACAGACGGCAGCUGGUGGAUGAAACAGAGCAUGCAGCGCGCGGCAUCCUCCGACACCAUUAGCACGAUGGCGCUCGGCACCGCCGGCCCACCGUGUCACGACUCUGCCCCCCCGCAUGAUGCCAAGCAACACCUCUCACACUCGCAGUCCAUGAUCCUGCCUGAGAAUGGCAAGCUGGUCCGGCCAUGCCGAGACUACUCGUGCAGCGUGACCAACAUCGUCGUGGAGCCGCCGUCUCCCGAGAGCUCUCCAGACGGCGAUGGGGACACUCCGGAAUUGGAGAAAGCUGGCCUCUUGAACAAGACCAAGAUCGCAGAAGGAGGCCGGAAACUCAGAAAAAACUGGAGUCCAUCGUGGGUGGUGUUGGUUGGAAACAGUUUGGUUUUCUUCAAAGAUCCAAAAUCACAGACACCUUGCAGCUGGAAACCAGGAAACAGUCGCCCAGAAAGCAGCGUUGACCUACGAGGGGCCAAGCUACACUGGGCCAAUGAGCUGUCCAGCAAGAAGAACGUUUUCAAGCUGAGGACAGUGACGGGUAACGAAUUUCUGCUGCAGUCAGAGACAGACUCUCUGAUCAAGGAAUGGUACCACACCAUCCAGAACGUCAUUGACAGGCUGGACCGUGAAAACCCGCUAGACAAUGUCCUGCUGUACUCCCUGAGGAGGGCGGGCAGCGUGGAGAUGCUGGACCACAGUGGUGACGAGGACGACAGGCGAUCGUCUCUCCCUCGCUCAGCGUCCAACCUGGAGAACACUGAGAAGAAGAGGGUGAAAACCAGGCUGAAGAAACUCAUUCUGAAGAGGCCUCCUCUGCAGGCCCUGCAGGAGAAAGGGCUUAUUAAAGAUCAGGUGUUCGGCUGUCGACUGGAGAUGCUGUGCGAACGGGAGAAGAGCACGGUGCCUCGCUUCGUCAGGCUUUGCACCGAGACUGUUGAGAAGAGAGGUCUGGAUACUGACGGCAUCUAUAGAGUUUCCGGCAACCUUGCAGUCAUUCAGAAAUUACGCUAUUUGGUCAACCAUGAGCGGGCCGUGACCACUGAUGGCCGUUACAUGUUCCCAGCAGAGUUGGUGCAAGAGGAGAAGCUCAACUUGGACGAGAGCGAGUGGGAGGACAUCCAUGUCAUCACGGGAGCUUUGAAACUGUUCUUCCGUGAGCUUCCCGAGCCGCUGGUGCCCUACAGCUUCUUCAGCGAUGUGAUGGACACUGUCAAGGUGGUGGACUACGCGGAGAAAGUGGAGCGUCUGAAGAGCGUCGUGCACAGCAUGCCUCAGCCCAACCACGACACGCUGCAAUUCAUCUGCCGCCACCUCAAACGCGUUUUAGAGCACUCAGACGCCAACCGUAUGACAACGCAGAACAUCGGCAUCGUCUUCGGGCCCACGCUGCUGCGGCCCGAGUGCGACAACGGCAACAUGGCGGUGAACAUGGUUUUCCAGAACCAGGCGGUGGAGCUCAUCCUCAACGAGUUCGAGCACGUCUUCGGCAGGAGAUGUGGAGCCCAGCUGUCAAUUCUCCCUUGAUAUUCUCCUCGAGUGAAGCCAAGCCAGUGAUAAAUAGUCCCCAGACCCCCACCCAGACCACCUUCCUGUUCCUCUCUUCAUGCCACAAAAAGAAGCCAGGACAGAACCGUCCCACUGUGAAACACAUGCGCCCGACACCUCCAUGCAUGCGUGUGGCUCUCUGGUAGGGACAGUGGAACCUCCAAAGUGGAACGAACGUUCUGCUUCCAAGUUGCUCUAAUUUUAUUUAAAUUCAACAGUUUGUUUCUCCCGUUGGAACUAAUGUAAUGUGGAUUCAUUCAUUCCAGGCUUGUCAAACCUUUUAAGGAUUAUCUUAUUAUUUGUAAGUCAAGUCAGACACUGUAUCAUAAAAACGACCAACAUUAGGAUGCGGUAGCAUUUUUUAAAAAUUACUAUUAUUGUAAGCCAUUGUUACAUUAUGUACAGUUUAAAGAUUAACACUUAAAUACAGCAAAAUUGACUGUGCUUGAAUUCAAUAAAAAUGUAUUGUACGUACAUUUAAAUAAAUUAUCGAAAUAUAUGUUUAAAAGAUUAAAUGUGAAUGUAUGACAUGAAAGUUAAACAAACUAAACUCUAAUACGCAAAUUUGCUGUACUGGGGAAAAAAAAAGUUUGAAGAGACUAACAUGCAGUUUGAUUUCAUUCAGUGAUGCUUUCUCUUACCACUAGAGGGAGCCUGCAUACCACUAGUGAUACCCAUGCCACAGUGGAGUCACGGUAUGCUCAAAUAAAGUGUAACUACUCACCAUUUUAAUAACAUUGCAAGCCAAUUGUUAAGCACUUACAAAAAUAAAUUAAAGCUAAUAUAUUGUAAAUAAAUUUAUUAGACAUAACACACAAAGAGUCAAUUGUUUUAAUAAAAUAGAACAUUUCAAAUAUUGUGUAGUCAUUUUGAUUCAAUUAUUUCAUUAAUUGAUUUGAGUCAUAAAAUGCAAUAUUUGUAAACAAUUUUACAUUCAUUGAACAAUAUUGAAUGUAUUCAUUGCAAUUUAAUUUAUUAGAGGUUAUGUAAUUUAUUGUAGUUAAAAUAAAAGAUAAGAUAUGAAAUACAUUUAAAAAUUGUACCUUUUUUUUUUUUUUUUUUUAACUUCUUCCACAAAGGAACGUUAAAUGUGACCUUUGAGCAAAACCAGUUUGCCCACCCCUAGUUUAGAUGCUUGGAGGUUCCACGAUACAUGCAACCGCAGCCAACCAAGAGGGCAGAAAAAAAACGGUGGCCGACCAUGUCACUAUCCAGACAACAGCGUUCACUCAAUGUGCCAACAGGGCCGCCGUGUUCCGUUUUGUGGAUACUAAGUGUGUGUGUGUGAGUGUGUGUGAGUGUGGACCUCACAAGCUUCUCCUUCCUGUACACUGUUGAGAUGGACCUUCUAUUUUUAUGGCCUUUGCGAGGUGUACAGCACUCAUGUACCUAGUGUAUGUUUCAUAGCCUUUAGUGCUUGUCCACUAGUAGCUCACUUUGAUCCAUUUUGAAAUGCGUCGUGCAAUCACAUGGACCUGUUUGUUACCCUCCCAAUAAAAGACAUUUUUGUCCAAUUUA